CACCAUCCUCGCAAGUCACCUCCUUCCUGCCGCCAUAUAUACCUCCACGCUUCCUCUCCCGCUUCUCAUCUCCGUUCCUAUUCUCGAAAAAAUCCCCAUUCCUAGCCAGCUCUCCAUCUCUCCUACUCCUCCAAUCUCUCUAUCGACCACUGCCUGCGCGCACGUUAAUGGGGGAGCACGUUUACGACCACAGCAGCAUGAGCCCAUCGAUGCCACCGGCACAGCCCAGGGGCUCUUCCCGCCACCACACGACGUCAUCAUCCAGGACUACUACCACGCGGCCCGCGAUAAGAAUCAUCCACAUCAUCGCGCCGGAGAUCAUCAAGACCGACGCCGCAAACUUCCGGAGCCUCGUGCAGCGGCUCACCGGGAGGCAGCACCAACAGCUGUCGGACGACGAAUCUAGCGCGGCCGUGACGGUGGCCGUGGCGCCUACGCCGCCUUCGCCCAUAGAGAAGCCGCAGAAGAAGAGGUUGGCGCCGGCGCCGGUGAUUGCCGACGAUUUUGUGUUGCAGCAGGAGAACAGAGGGAGGAAGAAGAUCAAGUGCGAGGUGGUGAAGGUGGAGGAAGGAGGGUUCAGCUUCGGUGGCGGUGCUGGUGCCGGUGACCUUGACUUCGGCGAGCUGUGGAUGGACCGCAACCCUGGGGGCUUCUUGAGCUUCCUGGAGGAGGACGUCUUCCAGGGGACGAUGGUCCCUGACUUCUUGCAGCCUCCUCUAGGGUCGUCGAGGAUGGAUUUGAUUGGUGAAAUGUGUGCAUCCUAUCUGGCUUAAUUAGGUAGUUAGAGCUGUUUUGUGAUCUUCUUUUUGUUGUUGUUGUGAGCAUUUUUACACUUUGGUCGAGAGAAUUGGGUUCUUUUUUCCUCUGUCUAGAUGAACAUAAAUACAGUGGGGGUGGCAAAUAGUGAUCAUGGAGGCUACACUUAUGGGAUGAUCAUGGAAGCAAUGCUCAUAUGGGUCCUUGCAUUUUGUUUGGUCUCUGCAAUGUAAAUAAUUGUUCUUAAUCUGUGAUCUA